AUGCAAAAAAAAGUGGGUGUCAAUGAAGAAUUCCGUCGUCAAUUACGAUCUUUGGCUGUCAUCUUAUUCCCUAGUUGGCAUACCAAGGAAGCUGUCCUUUUAGUGUUACAUUCUAUCUUUUUAAUCCUUCGAACUUAUUUAAGUGUGGUGGUGGCUCGCUUGGAUGGUCGAAUUGUUAAAGACUUGGUCAACGGAAAUGGUAGAAAGUUUUUACUUGGUCUUGUGUAUUGGUUUGCUAUUGCUCUUCCAGCAACUUAUACUAAUAGCAUGAUCCGAUAUCUUCAAUCCAAAUUGUCUAUUGGCUUCCGAACACGCUUAACUCAAUACGUUCAUGACCUUUAUCUUGACAAAGAAAAAACAUUUUACAAGGCUGUGAAUUUGGAUUCUCGUAUACAAGGCACUGAUCAAUUUAUUACUACCGACAUUGCCAGAUUUUGUGACACCUUAUCUUCAUUGUAUUCUAAUCUUGCAAAACCAUUACUGGAUACCAUUAUCUUCAAUUACCAAUUGACAAGAUCCAUAGGUUGGUUGGGUACUUUUGGUUUGGGUGUGAAUUAUUUUGUCACUGCAAAAUUGCUUCGAGCUGUUACCCCCUCUUUUGGAAAAUUAGCUGCUAUUGAAGCCAAAUUGGAGGGUGAUUUCCGAAAUGCUCAUACAAGAUUGAUUACUAAUGCAGAAGAAAUCGCGUUCUACAAUGGUGCAGAACUGGAACACUCCAUCUUGGACAAAGCUUAUCUGAAACUCAUCAAACAUAUCAAUCACAUUUACAAAUUAAGAAUUAGUUACAACAUGUUUGAAGAUUUCUUGAUCAAAUACGCUUGGGGUGCAUUUGGAUUGAUUAUGUGUGGUAUUCCUGUAUUUACUCCUGGUAUUGCUGCUGCCGUGACACCUUCAUCUUCAUCAUCAUCACAAUCUACAGAAGCAGAGUUGGUUGGAUCUCGUACUCGAGGUUUUAUCACAAACAAACGCCUCAUGUUAUCUUUAGCCGACGCAGGUGGACGAAUGAUGUAUUCUUACAAGGAAAUGGCUGAAUUGGCUGGUUAUACAUCUCGUGUUUAUAGUUUGGUGUCAGUUUUACAUGCUUUACGAGUCAAGGAAUACGAUGGUCCUAAAGAUAAACGACGUUAUGCUCUCACUAAUAUUGAAGGUCAAAUCCAUACUACUGAAGCAAAGAAUGGUAUUAUAUUUGACAAUGUCCCUAUUGUGAUCCCUAUCCCAGGGAAAGAUAUGGUUGGUGAUUCUCUUGUCAAUGCUCUUAAUAUUCAUGUUAAACCUGGUGAACAUUUGAUGAUUACUGGUCCUAAUGGCGUUGGUAAAACUGCUGUUGCCCGUGUCAUUGCUUCUUUAUGGCCUGUCUUUGAGGGUGAUUUGUCAAAACCUCAAGAUAAGGAUAUCUUCUAUAUUCCUCAACGACCUUAUUUGAGUUUGGGUUCAUUACGAGAUCAAAUUAUUUAUCCUCACACUGUGGACGAUAUGAAGAAGGCUGGUCGUACUGAUGACGAAUUGAUGGAAAUCUUAAAGGUGGUGCAUUUGGCUUACAUUCCUGAUCGUGAAGGCGGAUGGGAAACUCAAAAGGAAUGGAAAGAUGUUUUUUCUGGUGGUGAAAAACAACGAGUAUGCAUGGCAAGAUUAUUCUAUCAUCAUCCUCAAUAUGCUGUAUUGGAUGAAUGCACUAGUGCUGUUUCUACAGAUGUUGAAGGACUUAUGUAUUCUCAUGCAAAGGAUAUGGGUAUUACUUUAUUGACGAUUUCUCAUCGACCUGCUUUAUUCAAAUAUCAUCGAUUCUUACUAAGAUUGACUGGUAAUCAAGGACAAUGGGAGUAUGAAACUAUUGGCACUGUCAAGCAACAACAAUCAGUAGCUAAAGAAAUGCAAACAUUGGAACAACAAUUGGCCGAAGUGGAAUCUAUGAAAUCGCGUCUCUCGAAUAUCAAUAAAGAAUUAUCAUUAUCAUGA